UUCAUCUCAGCAAAUGUAUUUCAUCAGUAGGUUUUAUAUUACACAUAUUGAAAUACUAUGGCUGGACCAAGGCUACAACUACAAUGAACACAUUAUUGAAAGCCAUGUCAUUUUUGUAUAAAUGGCAUGCAACAUGACGAUAAUUUUUCGUAAAAAUAAAUGUCAACGUGAAUGGCAAUAUUUCAUGUCGAUAGUCUAUCCAGUACAACAGUGACACAUUGAAAAAAACGUAUGUAAAUGCUUACAUGAACAAUCAUUUCUCGUUUGGCAUUUCAUUUCAAAUGUCAAAACUAAAACAAAAUCGCAGUGAUGCACUUCGAUCGAUAUCGCUGCUGCGUUUCUAACUUCUCCUAGGGACUGUGAGGCUGGAUCAAGAAAUCGCAGUCAGCCAAAUACGGUGGGCGUGAUUUCGGUAACGUGAGAGACGCAGCGGAGAGGUUUAGUAGACUGGCAAGUUGCCAACAACAUAAGGAUUUGUUGUCGGUGACCCUACAGUUCAAUGGAUUGCGCUCCUAGCAUUUAAAAUCGCCAUUAUAUGUAGAGAGCUAUAUAUAUAGCUAGGUGGCUAUGAAGAGGCACAACUUGGAAUCAUGCUAGCCCAUUAGUUAGCCUGAUAACGUCACAAGGAAUGAAUGAGCUGUUCUCCCUUAUCGGCUCCACGUCGGAGAAGGGCCAGAGUGUCUUACCAGAUUCUGCCCAGAACCAGAGUGCAAGACUCGGGGCCAAAGACCCCUCUCUACCCAUCAAUGAGCUCCUGGAUAAGAGCAGCAAAGCUGGGGACAUCAAGUACGCCGUCCACCCCAUUCCCUCUGGGGUUUGGCCCAAGCAUAGUGACCCUCGCCCCGCUCCCCACAACAAGAGUAAGAAGCUCCCGAAAAACGACCGCCUGACCGAGCACAACAGCGAGAAGAACCGAGGCGAGGCAAGUCUUCCGCUUCCCAAAACGCCGGUAACCACUACCACCACCACCAACCGCACUCAGAAAUUCAACGUGGACCCCCACGUUAACUCCAACAACCCCCCUCAAAGUGACCAGGACAGUCACCCAAAUUCCAGACCCAGGGGCCAGCCCCACCCUCAGCCGGCCCCCUCCCCUCGCAAGGACCCCGCAACCAGGAAGCUGGACCCGGAGGAGAAUCGCCCGGGGGGGAAAUCCAGUCUGUACCAGUCAGGUAGCGCCAACCGGAACAACAGCCUUCCCUCGGUGCUCUUUAACCGCCGCUCCUCCAGUCUAUUCUACCACUUUGAUAUCCUGAAACGAGAGUCCGACUUCACACACGACGCCGUCUGCAUGAGCGAGUGCAGAAAAGAGAAGGAGGAGAGGGAGUACUACUGCUACAGUGAAUUCGCCGUCAACGGGAUAGUUCACGACAUAGAGGUGGUCCGUAAAGGGAUUCGGCUCAUCACGCUGAUGGUGAGCAGUGACGGCUUCUACAAAAUGAGCCGCCUGUACGUCACAGCGGACAGCUUCUUCUUCAAAGUGCGCCUGCUGGUCCUGGACACCUACAGAUGCAGCAAGCCAUGUCCUGAACUCAAACUAGGGAGUCGGUACAUUGUGAUGGGUCAGAUCUACCACCGGAGACGCCACCUCCCCAAUGACCUCCUGGCUUUGCUGGGGGGUAAACUGAAGCCGGGGGACGGUCUCCUGAGGAGCAACAACUACGUCAAACGCUUCAACAAGAGAAGGCACCAGAAAGCCCAGGAGGCCACCCGCUCCAAGUGUAGGUGAAUGUAGAACCGAUGUUGGGAGGGAGAGACACCGCAGCCAUCAACCCCUAAGGCAUUACAGCAGGCGUAGAAGAACCAGGCAAAAAACAACAACAACCUUUUGUUUUCUUUCCCGCGUGGACCUUAUUUGUAUCAUAAUCUAGCGGUGAUGAUUUUGCUUUUUUGUACUUCCCUUGUCGCUUUGGGUCCUCUUUGAUAGAAGACCUGUGGAGUCUGUCUCGAUGGAUCUUGUUUUUAAAUGUCAACUUGAACUGUUACCCCACCGCCCCCUCAAUAUUCUGACGCUCUGUAUUGGUAUUCAAGAGCAUAGCUUUGGAUAGAGCGCACACUUUCCUCAGAUAGAUGUGCUCUCUAAUAAGUCAUAAGUCUUUAGUCUAACAUAGAGCACUUAAAGUUGCAAUUUAUUCAUGUCUGGCACAUGAAAUAUUUAGCCAGUCAUCUCCUUCUUCCAAGUCACGUACAACUGAAGUUAGCAGAAUAAUUCACAUAUAGGUCAUUUUCAUUGGCUCAUCCUAUUGUUAUUUCUCAUCAGAACGUUUUGGUUAUCCUGUGGCCAGUGUUUCAAAAACUCACGGAGCAUGUGAAUGAAACCCAUUUUUGCCCUGAUAGGGUUAGACUGCCAACUCCAGUCCCACUCUUUACACGCACACACCUGGCUGAUCCGAAGUCAUCCCAGUCAUUUAUCGGAAAGACUAUAUUCUGGUUACACACUGGUGUUCCUCUUGAGAACGUGGUAGGAAACCCUAUAGGACGUUCUAUUGACCCACUACCAUUAUCAGCAAACUCCUAUUCAUGCCUGUAAGAAAAGCUGACGCAUAUUCAUACUGUUGUUUUGUGCCUGUCAUCUGAAUGCAAGAACUGCACUAUUAUGUGGAACAAGAAGAGGAUGGAAUGAAACCUCAAAGGGCGAAGGUGAGAAGACAGAAAAGAGACUGAAAGAAACCUUUGCUCGUUGUGAGAGGGGAUUAUUGUUGAAGUUUAAUGUGUGUUUGUUGAAAUAUUUGAUGGAGAAAAGUGACUUCAAAAGGGAAACCUGGUGGUAUUUGGGAAUGUUAUUGGAGGGCCAAGCCAUGUAUCUAAUCACAGGAAUCUGAUCCUCUGUGCACCUGGACACUCGGAUUGGGAAAAAUGCAGCUCUCCUCUCUGGCUAUCUUGAAAUGGCGGUGUAACAACUAAUGUCACAUCUGGCCCUUGUUUGGUAAAAAAAUAACUACACACACAUGUUGUCCUUAUUUAAGGACACAUAUUUUGAUUACAAAAAAUAUCCCCUAACUCUAAUCCUAACCUCAACCAAUAAUUUUGAUGCCUAAAUCUAACCUUAAUCUGAACUCUGAACCAAACCAGUGGACUUACAAAAGCAUUUUGAAAGUCUGGACUAGCAAAAAGACCUGACUUUAUACCAUGGUUCAUGUGUUCAUGGAAUGUUGUUCCUGAAAUGGUCAUGAAGCCGACCUCCACGCCCUGAUAAGUAAAGCUAAAAUCACAAAUUGUACAUGAAAUUGGGAGGGAAUAAAAGGUAAAAAAUUAAUAAAUAGCAAAGUACAUACAAGUUCAACUACUUACCGCCCUUAAUCCCAAAUUUCAAACCUAACUCCUAAAACCCAACCCCCGACACUAAUUAUAACAUUUACAUUAACAACUCAGCCAAAAAUAGCAUUUUUCCUCAGUAGGACAGGCCGAAGUGUCCCAACAAGGUCAGUUUUCUAUGUUUUAAAAUCCUUGUGGGGAAUAUCUAUCUCUAUGAGUGUAGUAAAACCUGUAUGCUCACACAAAGACAGAAAAGCCAGAAGGUUUGCACUGGGUACGCAUAUGUUGUAUCAUACCACAUGGAGCUAAUAAAAAUGUCAUUGUUUUUU